AUGGCGCGCAAAGGUGUCGCAACGGUCAAGACGCCCAACAGAGAAGAUAGGUACAUGACCAUCGAUUCUGACGGCGACGAGGUCACUCCCGCUGCCAGUUCUCCGAGCAAUACAACUGUUUCUCGAAAGGACAGCAGAGCAGAUGAGCAUCAGUACUUUGCGCAUGAGCUGGAGAAUGUCGAUCCCGUAGCCUCACGCGAGCCACUAAACCCCUCUAAAGUGGCCGAGUCAGGUCCAGAGCCAGAGCGCCGACAGCCUCGCCAAGCUUCCGGAACCGUAGAACAAAGUAGGGCACUUGCGAACGCAUUGUUUCCUGCCAGCUUCAACAACGCCGUCCUUCCUUCUGUCGAAGCGUCUGAACCGCCCACGUCCAUAUUUGCCCACCAAACUCCGCAUCGGCAUCAAGCGCUCGUACAGCAGCCCCGUCCUCGACUUCAGAACUCUGCUACGCCUUCGCGCGCUGCCGGUCGAGGUCGCGUCAACGCUUCUACAGACGCCAGUGUCUCCAGUCCUAUUCACCAUCUCGGUCUCACCCCCGAGAACCGCCACCAAACAGGUCAAACCCCGCAUCCCAACCUUCCGUCCUACGUCGACAACCCCGACUACUUUACCAUGGCGCAAGACAUGAUUCAGGGCGGCGCGUACAUCGCGCCUGGCCAGCAGCGCAACAUGCGCGCCUGCAUGGUCUGCUCCAUCGUCCGGACUCAGAACCAGUUCCUCACCCAAGGCUGUCCGAAUUGCGAAGAGAUCCUCGAACUCGCUGGCAACCCCGAGCAGAUCAACGAUUGCACAUCGCAAGUCUUUGAAGGCCUCAUUACGGUUGCCGACACCUCAAGGAGUUGGGUAGCUAGAUACCAGCGCCUCGAGGGCUACAAGCCAGGUGUCUACGCGACCCAGGUUGAAGGCAUUCUCCCAGACGACGUGAUUGGCCUGGUGGAGAGUGCAGGCAUCAACUACGUGCCUAGGGAUGGUAGCGAGCAGGAUAUGCUACCAAAGGACUAA